UUUUAAAACGAGCUGUUUCCAAACUGUGCAGUGGAAACAUGGACAGAUGCGCUGUGUAUUAUUAACACUGUGUGGUAUUUCUCUGUAUUGUGUGGUUUGGUAGUCUGAUAUGGAAGCUAAACUCCAGGACAUGAACUGCAGUCUGAGGAAGGCGGAGGAGAGACAUGGCAGUAUAGAGGAACGUAUGAGACAUUUAGAGGGACAGCUGGAGGAGAAGAACCAGGAACUGCUCAGGGCUCGACAGAGAGAGAAGAUGAAUGAGGAACACAACAAGCGUCUGUCGGACACCGUGGACAGACUCCUGACGGAGUCGAAUGAACGUUUACAGCUUCACCUGAAAGAGAGAAUGGCCGCUCUUGAGGAGAAGAACGUGUUAAUACAAGACUCUGAUAACUACAGGAAGCAGCUAGAAGACUCCAUACAAGAAAAGUCUCAUCUCUCGGAGGAGAUCGAGAAAAUGAGAUCUGAACUGGAUCAGUACCGAUUGAGGGCCGGAUCCCUUACUGAGCCCACGCUGUCACGGUCUCAUCUGGAUGCAUCAGGAGAUCUGCGUUUCUCUCUGGGUUCUCUUGCCGAGACUCAAUCGGACCAUUAUCGCUCCACCAAGGUGAUCCGCAGGCCAAGGAGAGGACGCAUGGGGCUACGUAGGGACGAACAGAAGGCUAAGUCUCUGGGAGAGCAUGAAUGGCGCUCUCAGCAACUUGGCGUUCUGGGCGGCCACCCGUUCGAGAGCGACACUGAGAUGUCAGAUAUAGAUGACGACGACAGAGAGACCCUUUUCAGUUCGAUGGAUCUACUGUCUCCUGGAGGACAUUCCGAUGCUCAGACUUUGGCAAUGAUGCUGCAAGAACAACUGGAUGCCAUCAAUAAAGAGAUCCGGCUGAUCCAGGAAGAGAAAGAGUCGACAGAACUGAGGGCAGAGGAAAUCGAGAACCGCGUGGCCAGCGUGAGCCUGGAGGGGCUGAACCUGGCGCGGAUGCACCAUCCUGGAGCCUCCAUCACUGCCUCGGCCACCGCAUCCUCCCUCGCCUCCUCCUCCCCUCCUAGCGGACACUCCACCCCCAAACUCACCCCGCGCAGCCCUGCCCGAGACAUGGAGCGCAUGGGGGUCAUGACACUGCCCAGUGACUUGCGGAAACACAGGAGAAAGAUCGCAGCGGUGGACGAGGACGGUCGAGAGGACAAGGCCACCAUCAAAUGCGAGACCUCGCCACCUCCCACACCUCGCCAAGUCCGCAUGACCCACACGCUGCCUGCUUCUUCGCACAAUGACGCACGCCUGACAGCUGCAUUAGAGACGGAGGCCAGUGCUCUGAGCAGCGUAGCCAGCAGUCAAGACUCCCUCCAUAAACAGCCAAAGAAGAAGGGCAUCAAGUCCUCCAUCGGACGCCUGUUUGGGAAGAAAGAGAAGGCCAGACUGGGGCAGCUGGGGAAAGAGAUUAUGGGACCAGGACAAGUAGGGAAUGUAUCCGAUCCUGAGCUUCUAGGUCAGGAUAUUGCUGUGGGAAAGCUGGGAACGCAGGCAGAGAAAGAUCGCAGGCUUAAAAAAAACGGACACGAGUUGUUGGAAGAAGCCAGAAGAAAAGGGUUACCUUUUGCUCAGUGGGACGGUCCUACAGUUGUUGCGUGGUUAGAGCUUUGGCUAGGGAUGCCAGCGUGGUAUGUCGCAGCUUGUCGUGCCAACGUAAAAAGCGGCGCCAUCAUGUCGGCCCUGUCGGACACGGAGAUCCAGAGAGAGAUCGGCAUCAGCAAUCCUCUGCACCGCCUCAAACUGCGCCUGGCCAUCCAGGAGAUGGUCUCGCUCACCAGCCCUUCAGCUCCUCCUACAUCUAGAACCCCGUCGGGUAAUGUGUGGGUAACCCACGAGGAAAUGGAGACCCUUGCCGCCCCCUCCAAAACGAAAUCAGAGUCAGAGGAGGGGAGCUGGUCCCAGACGCUGGCAUACGGGGACAUGAACCACGAGUGGAUAGGGAACGAGUGGCUGCCCAGUCUAGGUCUACCUCAGUACCGCAGCUACUUCAUGGAGUGUUUGGUGGAUGCACGCAUGCUGGACCACCUCACCAAGAAAGACCUCCGAGUGCAUUUAAAGAUGGUGGAUAGCUUUCACAGAACCAGUCUGCAGUACGGCAUCAUGUGCCUAAAGAAGCUCAACUACGACAGGAAGGAGCUAGAGAGACGCAGAGAGAGCAGCCAGCAUGAGAUAAGAGACGUGCUGGUGUGGACUAACGAGCGCGUGAUUCGCUGGGUCCAGAGCAUCGGUCUCCGUGACUACGCCAACAUCCUGUUAGAGAGCGGCGUGCACGGGGCGCUCAUAGCACUCGACGACAACUUUGACUACAGCAGCCUGGCCCUACUGCUGCAGAUCCCCAACCAAAACACUCAGGCUAGACAAAUUCUGGAAAGAGAGUACAACAAUCUGCUGGCGCUGGGAACGGAGAGACGAUUAGAUGAGUGUGACGAGAAGGACUUCCGAGGACCGUCGUGGAGGAGGCAGUUUCCUCGCCGGGACAUCCACGGGAUCAGCAUGAUGCCCGGCUCAGCAGAGACCCUGCCCGCCGGCUUUCGCCUCACUGCCACCUCCGCACACUCACGCAGACUGCCACCAGAGGUCCUGUAUGAGGCGAUGGACGACAGUCCUGACGACAUGUAUUUGGACUGGUUUCAAGUUGGACCGUCGGCGGUACAGCGUCUGGACAGCUCCACUGUGAGGACCUACUCUUGCUGAGACAACAUCAAUACUAUAAGCUAGUCGUACCUUAAAGUUGGCCUGAACAAACUAUUGCGACGACACACACUGCCAAGAGAACAACAGAAGGCCACGGAGGACAGGGCCAGGAGCCUGGGGCCGAACGAGCCGAGGCCUCGACCCGGGCGUCCGCCGAUGUGCUCUCGCUCUUUCUGUCUUUCACGCCACGCGGCUCCUUCGGCUUAAGUACUGUGUAUUUCUUCUACAGGGGAUGUGUAGGUUCAACUGUAAAUCACUAUAAAUAAAGCUGUUUUAUAUAUAAAGACAUAAAUAUAAAGAAAUAUAUAUGCAUACACACAUCUGUAUAAAAAGAUCACACGUUUGUGCACAUUGCGUCCUUUAACGUCAUGGUUUUAAACGAUGCUGCUGUUUUAACUUUUCGCCUACGCCCCGGAGACACU